GGAAUCGUUAGCAAUUGGCUGCUAAUGAGCUACAAGCACAAUUUUUGUCCCAGGUCCUCGGGCUCUCUGGGCCAGGGUAUAAAACCAGGCGGGUCAGAGGAGCUAAAACCACUCCUGCUUUAUCCUCCUGGGAGAAAAGGAGCUCCUCGUUUUCCAGACUCACCGCCCACAGCCAUGUCCUGCUACGACCUCUGUGCCCCAACAUCCUGCGGCCCCACCCCGCUGGCCAACAGCUGCAACGAGCCCUGUGUCCGGCAGUGCCAGGACUCCACCUACGUGAUCCAGCCCUCGCCCGUGGUGGUCACCCUGCCCGGGCCCAUCCUCAGCUCCUUCCCCCAGAACACCGCCGUGGGAUCCUCGGCGUCCGCGGCCGUCGGGGAUGCUCUGAGCGCCGGGGGUGUCCCCAUCUCCUCGGGCAGCUCCUCGGGGCUCGGCGCUUUGGGGUACUCCGGUUUGGGGGGGCUUUAUGGAAGGUCCUACCGGCGCUCCAACCGCUGCGGGCCCUGAGGAAGGGUCGGGAAGGGAAGGAGCAGGAGAUGGAAAGCGCGAUCCGGAUGCAGGACUGAGCCCGUGCCCACCCGCUUGCUGACCCUCUGCCCUGAGCUCUGGGGCUUGGUCUUUCCCAUUUGAUGCCUUUCUGUGCUGUCAGGGAGGUGAAAAAUGCCACUCGAUUGUCGCUGGGUGUCCAGCUGUAAAGCACUGCCUUGAAAAAUGGGUGAUCAAUUUUAAUCCGUAUUCAGCCCUUCUGCUUUCUUACUCUGCAUUUUUUUUUUUUAAAUUCCACUUCUUGCUCAUUAAAUCGUUGGUGCAUCAC